GGGCACGGGAACCGCCGCUGUCACCGCGCUCCGGAGCCGCCGCCAUGGUGCUGGACCUGGACCUGUUCCGUGCCGACAAAGGCGGGGAUCCCGCGGCCGUGCGGGAGAUGCAACGGAAACGCUUCAAAGACCCGGCGCUGGUGGACGCGCUGGUGCGGGCGGACGGCGCCUGGCGGAGGUGCAGAUUUCGUGCUGAUAACUUGAACAAGCUGAAGAACCUUUGCAGCAAAACCAUCGGUGAUAAGAUGAAGAAGAAGGAGCCCGUAGGGAGCGAUGAGUCCGUGCCAGAGAGCGCGCAGAACCUGGAUGAGCUGACAGCUGAUGUCCUGGGGGGGCUGCAGGUGUCCCAGAUCAAGAAGGUCCGUCUCCUCAUCGACGAAGCCAUCCUGAAGUGCGAUGCGGAGCGCGUCAGGCUGGAGGCAGAACGCUUCGAGAGCCUCCGGGAGAUCGGGAACCUCCUGCACCCCUCGGUGCCCAUCAGCAACGAUGAGGAUGCAGACAACAAGGUGGAGCGGAUCUGGGGGGACUGCAGCUGCAGGAAGAAGUAUUCCCACGUGGACCUGGUGGUGAUGGUGGAUGGUUACGAGGGAGAGAAGGGGGCCGUUGUCGCGGGGAGCCGGGGCUACUUCUUGAAGGGUCCCCUGGUGUUCCUGGAGCAGGCCCUGAUCCAGUACGCCCUGCAGAGCCUCCGUGCCAAGGGCUACACUCCCGUCUACACGCCCUUCUUCAUGCGGAAGGAGGUGAUGCAGGAGGUGGCCCAGCUCAGCCAGUUUGACGAGGAGCUCUACAAGGUGAUCGGCAAAGGCAGCGAGAAGGCCGAGGACAGCUCCAUCGAUGAGAAGUACCUCAUUGCCACCUCCGAGCAGCCCAUCGCCGCCCUGCACCGCGACGAGUGGCUGAAGCCGGAGGAUCUGCCCAUCAAAUAUGCAGGGCUGUCCACCUGCUUCCGCCAGGAGGUCGGCUCGCACGGCCGCGACACGCGCGGCAUCUUCCGUGUGCACCAGUUUGAGAAGAUCGAGCAGUUCGUCUACGCCUCCCCGCACGACAACAAGUCAUGGGAGAUGUUUGAUGAGAUGAUCGCCACGGCCGAGGAGUUCUACCAGUCCCUGGGCAUCCCCUACCACGUCGUCAACAUCGUUUCGGGCGCCCUGAACCACGCUGCCAGCAAGAAGCUGGACUUGGAGGCUUGGUUCCCAGGCUCAGGAGCGUUCCGUGAGCUCGUGUCCUGCUCCAACUGCACCGACUACCAGGCGCGCCGCUUGCGCAUCCGCUUCGGGCAGACCAAGAAGAUGAUGGACAAGGUGGAGUUUGUGCACAUGCUCAACGCCACGAUGUGUGCCACCACCCGAACCAUCUGCGCCAUCCUGGAGAACUACCAGACCGAGGAGGGCAUCGUCGUCCCCGAGCGGCUGCGGGACUUCAUGCCCCCAGACCUCCGGCAGAUCAUCCGCUUUGUGAAGCCGGCCCCCAUCGAGCAGGAGCUCUCCAAGAAGCAGAAGAAGCAGCAGGAAGGCGGCAGGAAAAAGGCUGCGGGCGGCGAGCGGGUGCUGGAGGAGCAGAUGCAGAACAUGGGCGUCAGCAGCGCCUGAGUCCUUCGGCUCCGCCGGGCUCUGCGCCGCCUCCUUCGCUUCGGGUCGAGUCUGGGGCGGGAGCUGCCCGGUCCCCACCCGGCCCUGCGGCACCACAGGGCAAAGAACUGACAGUCGUGGGGCUCCGGCCCAAAGUGCGGCUUCCGCCCCCCCGCCUCCCCAGCGGGGUCACUGCAUGGCGGGCUCAUGGCAGGGGCGGAAACCUUCCUUCCCUCACCCCAAUAAAGCAAAAAAAGCUGCUGA